AUGCUAGAAGCCGGUGUAAAGCCUGACAACUUUACAUAUGCUGCAAUUCUUGACACCUGUGCUAACGUAGCUACGGUUGGUCUAGGAAUGCAGAUUCAUGCUCAGGUCAUAAAGCAGCAACUGCAGUCCGAUGUGUACAUAUCGACUACACUGGUGGACAUGUAUUCAAAGUGCGGUAAACUUCAAGAUUCAGAACUUAUGUACGAGAAAGCACCAAAAAAGGACCUUGUGGCAUGGAACAGUCUGAUAUGCGGUUAUUCACAGCAUGGUCUUGGAGAAAAGGCAUUGAUGGUAUUUGAGGAGAAGAGACCUGAGAAAGUGAACCCAAACCGCUCCACUUUUCUUUCAGUUCUUCGAGCGUGUGCACACAAGGGACUUCUCGAUGGGAAUGUGGAAAUUGCGGAGAAGGCUGCAAGUUGUAUUUUGCAGUUAGCGCCGGAUGACUCUUCUGCUUAUAUUCUUCUCUGCAACAUUUAUGCUGAUGCUGGGAUGUGGGGCAAGGUUUCUGAGGCUAGGAGGAUGAUGAAGGCGAAUAGGCUUAAGAAGGAACCAGGUUGCAGCUGGAUUGAGAUUAGAGAUGAAGUGCAUCGAUUUGUCAGUGGAGACCAGUCCCAUCUGAGAUGUGACAACAUAUACAAAAAUCUCAGCCUGCUGGUUGAUGAGAUGAAGUGGACUGGUGACAUGUCAUUUGAGUUCCACUUAUAA